UUUCUACUGUGGGAACGUUUUUAUCAAGUGGCAAUGAAGCCAUAUUCCUAGCUUCGCCCACAGUUCGCGAUGUUUGCGCUGUUGGUGCUGUGCACCCUCUCGUGCAGUGGCGUGAGUGCGUCGAAAAUUUUAGGAAUCAGCCUGACACCCUCCUACAGCCACCAGAUCGUAUUUCAGCCACUUUGGAGAGAACUGUCGUUACGCGGGCACCAAGUGACGACGAUCACACCGAAUCCAAUUAACGAUCUCAAACUGAUCAAUUUAACCGAGAUCGAUUUGGGCUUUGUACGACUUUCUAACUUGGAGGUGAAGGGACUGAUGAGACAGUCGACCUUUUUGCACGAGAUUUAUCUCAUGUACACCUUCAUGGCGACCAUGAUGGAUAAACAAUUGGAAUAUCCACCAGUGAAGCAACUCCUGAACGAUCGAAGUGCCAGAUUUGAUUUGGUGAUCGUGGAGUAUCUCUGGACUGCUCCCUUGGCGUUUGCCAAGAGAUUCGAUUGCCCAUAUAUCGGUGUACUGUCCACGGACGGGGUCAAUUCGAAUCACCGAAAGAUUGGAAACCCCGCGCACUCCAGCUUGUAUCCCGAUCUCUUCCUAUCGUACGGCGACAAACUGUCGAUAUUUGAACGCGUGGUUAGCUUCGUCUACGAGCUCUUCUACGAGGUGUACUUUGAAGGUGUCCUGCACGAGCUGGAACAGAAGGUCGUGCACAAACACUUCGGCGAUCACUACCCGUCCGUAGCGGAAAUGGCUCGAAACGUCAGCAUGCUGUUCGUCAAUUCCGACCCCAUCUUCCACCACAAUCGCCCUUUGGUACCGGGCGUCGUGCAAAUCGGCGGCAGCCAUUACCCAAAGGAACCCGUCGGUCUUCCGCCGGAACUGCACCCUUUGGAUGAUGCCGAAUUCAUUUACUUCAGCUUAGGCUCGAACGUCAAAAGCGAAUUUCUAAAGCCGCAAACGAUCGAUAUGAUGCUCGAGGUCUUCGGGGAGCUACCAUACCUAGUGCUGUGGAAGUUCGAGGAGGACUUGCCGAAUAAGCCCAGUAACGUUAUCAUCUCCAGGUGGUUGCCUCAGCGCGAGGUUCUCGCCCAUCCCAACAUUAAACUCUUCAUCACCCAGGGAGGCCUGCAGUCGAUGGACGAGGCAAUCCACGCGCGCGUUCCCAUGCUCGGCAUUCCCAUCUUUUUCGACCAACCGUUCAACGUGAAAAAGAUGGUCAACAGAGGCUUCGGGCUUGAGCUGGAUCACAGAACGCUAGAGAAAAGCGUCUUCAAGGAGACCAUCCUGGAAGUGAUCCAGAAUCCACGGUACCGAAACGUGCUGAGAGAACUGGCGGAUUUGGCCGAAGAUCAGCCGAUGACAGGGAUCGAGAAAGCGGUUUGGUGGUCAGAGUACGUGAUUCGCCAUAAGGGGGCGAGACACCUGAGGAGCCCAUUGCUCGACGUAGCAUGGUAUCAAUACCUCCUUGUGGACGUUUUUGCUGUGCUACUCGUGGGGUUCUUUGUUGUAAUUUAUUUGAUUGUAACAGUUUGUAGGCUUGUAUUCAAAUCAUUGAAAUCGGUUACUGAGCACAAAAGGAAGAACGAUUAAACGGUACCUAUAAAAUGGCU